GUGAAAUUGAACGCAAUGGCGGGCAAAGUCCAAGGACAAGUGUUUAUACUGAAGAACAAUGCAAGUUAUAGAAGUUUCACUGCAUAACUAAAUGAAAGCAACCAUGGAGUUUAGGACUAUAUUCAUGUUUCUUCCAGUUUUACCGAUGAUAUCUCUUCAGGAUGGGGAUCUACGUGCUCCAUGUCCAGUAUUUACGGAAAAUUCUGUCUUUGUUAAUGCUACAGCGGGGGAUGACUCGAGAAAUUGUGGAUCGAUAGAAAGUCCUUGUAAGACAAUAUCGUACGCUGUAAACCAGACAUUGGAAUACAGCUCGGUUCUAAUCAAUAUUUCAUGGGGUGUUUACGAGGAGGAACGCAGCAUUAAAAUUGACUGUGGCAGAUCGAAGUUGCAGAGGAUUUCUGUUUGGGGACAAAGGUAUAAAACUUAAGCUUAAUGUCAUGGCUAAUGUGUUUAUAAGCAAGUACAUAGAUGUAAUUCUUUAACUUAAAGUAGAACACUCACUGCAAACCUGUCUAUAAAAGAAUGAUGUACUUUAAAGUGACAUUAUUAUUGGUUGAUAGCUGCACCAGCCAACCUCCCCCCGCCACCUCCCCUUAUACACGUGCACCUCGUUCCAGGCAUUACAGUUAGCAUCAUCAUCAUCAUCAUCAUCAUCAUCAUCAUCAUCAUCAUCAUCAUCAUCAUCAUCAUCGUCACUUUAUACACGGUAAAAACAAUCAGGCCCUUCUCCACUGCCCCUAGGAGUAUUUUGUCUCACACUGGAUCUACAAAAUUACGUUAGUUAGUCUUGGUUUCUUGUGUAGCCCUCACCGCUGUAAUGAAACAUGGCAAAUACUCAAUUCCUAGAAGAACUGCUGGGACCCUUGUUUAAAAGUCUGAGGCCUUUCAUCAAAAAGUUGUAAACUCCAAAACAGAAAGAAACACAUGAAAACAAGACUCUAAUGCUUCUUAAAACUGCUCUCAAGAUUUUGAGAUAAGGUUAAUAAUAUUAUUGAUGUUUCUAAUGUCCCCAAAUAUAUAUGUGCAUGGUUAGUUUUUCCAGUGGAGCUUUGUUUAGUUUCUAUUACGCUUAUCAGGGCUACAAAUAACACUCAAAUAUCAGUCCUUCAAUGGCCAAGAGCCUGUUAUGUGACCUGCAAAUAACUGCAUACAAAUAACUGCUCAUGCGCAAUGUCGUUCAACUUUGUUUGGCUGCAAAUAAUAUUCUGCUCAUGCAUAAAUGAAACCACACUUUUCUCCUUCUUGCUGUUGCAGUUAUGGCAAAAUAUCGUGCCUUAGCCUUCGGGUUUUGGCAAAUAAUUGAUCUCGUGGCCACGGAAAAUCACGAUAUUUUGCUCAACCUCGUCCAGUAAUUUUCAAUUAUCAGUGGGAAUUUUUUACAUUAUUGCCACAAUAUUUUUAUGAGAUCCUGUCAUAGCCUCUACGUAGACAUCCUUAGGGAUUCAUCGGGUGUUCCUGUCUGUGGGGCAGGAACACAUGGUGACCAAACCCUAAGAACGUCUGCGCAGGAGGCUAGCCCUGUUAGAGUAAAAUUCCAACAAGUGAGAAUGGCCUUGAAACAGUGACAUAAGACCGAUGAAAUAAUGACAAAAUGAUCUGAGGAUGGGUUGAAAAUGCAACAGCAACAAGAAGAAUAGCAAAUACAAUUUAUUAGUAAAAUUCUGACAGCAACAUGGCCUCUUCCUCAAUACAUAAAAACAAAUGGUUUUGAAAUUCAGACUGGGGACAUACGUGCUCUGCCUGUGAGGGCCUCAAUUAUGUGGCUUUAAUCAUUCUCCUGCGUAUUCUGUGUCUGCCUACAUUGUACAUGUUUCCUUUAAAUGUGCAAAUGCAUUAUUCAUUGAGUUCAACCACAUUAAUUAGCUUCUGUUAACAUUUUUCAAUAGACAAGGUGAAAAUGUUGUGCAAGUCGAUGUCUCUUUUGAUGUGCAGUUGUGUAAAAUGAGCAUUAUUGACCUACAUUGGAAAAAGGGGAGCCCUGUGUUACAUAAAGCUUUGUUAUCUGAUUUAACCAUCUGUCAAAGCACCAUGGACGAAACUGAUAUCAGCAUCCUUGGAAGCUCAUCAAAUAUUGUUCUUCAAGACAGUAGCAUUGCAAACAGUUCUGGUUAUAAACAGAUGCUACCUAUUCUUUCAGUGAACUCUUUUCUAGGUUAUCAUACUCAAUUGCAAAUCAAGUAUUGCAAUUUUUCAGCUAAUAACGGAUCCAUCAUCUUCAUAGCAAACUUGCAAGCUUCCAUUAUCAAUUCACACUUUGAAGGAAACAAAGAAUUUUCUCCUGGAAGAAAAAUUAUCACCUCACAGUUUUCACAUCUCAUUGUGUCCACCUCAAGAUUUAUUUCAAAUUCUGGCACUCUACUGGGAAUCAAAAGUUCUGGCAGUUUAAAUCUCAGUGAAAGUUUAUUUGUCAGAAAUAAAGGGCUUAAUGGUUCAGUUAUUGUGAUGGAAGGAGUAUCGAGGAGUGUUGUUAAAGAUUGUGUCUUUCAAGAUUCCAGCAGUUCUAAAGAAGGUCCUGUUAUGAGAAUCAAGGACAGCAACACCUCAGCUAGCUUGGAGGUCAGUGAUUUGGAUGCAGUGACUAGGCAGGUUUAAAGUACAAGUCUCUGCUCAAGCAUAUUUUGCUAGAUCUAAGACAGCAUUAUAUUAUGGAUAAUGAUUCUAGAGGACACUUUUUGCUCUGUCUUUUUAUCCUAAGCAUGCAGAUAAUCUGCUGUACUUAGACCCGGAAAUGUGGCCUGUAUUUGAGUGCUGACUGUCAAGUAAAAUAGUAAACAACUAUUUAGUGCUGGUUAACCAGUUUGAUGGAGAAUAUAAAAAGAUAAUUAACUGCUAUAGAGGUUUUAUUUGAACUUUAGGUGACAGUAAAAGGGAAUCAGUUGCCACUUAUAGAUGGAUUAAUAAAUUAUAGUUCUCCCCUCCCCCCCCCCCAGCCCCAGUGUGUUUUUAAAUUUAUUUGAGAACAAUUUUUACAUUUUAUCUAUGCUGUUCAUAUUUGAGCAUGGAGCUCUGAGUUACCAAAAAAUUAUGCUUUCUGUCUUGUCAACAGAAUUGUAAUUUCAGUUGUAAUGCAGUUCACAGCAAUGUAUUUCUGCCUCCUGUUUUGUCACCUGGAGUGGAUCAAGUGACUUGUGAUAAUUGCACUGUGGACCGUAACUGUCCAGGUAAUUUAACAAACUAGUAAUAACCAAAGGUUACGGAGUGUGAGCGAGAACGAUCGAAGGUCAAAACUCUUUUGCUCUAAUGCUGUGCUUUGCAUAAGUUUCACAUGACAGACGGUCAAAACACGCAUGAUCAGAUUACGAUUGAUAGGAGGUCCAAAUGUGUGAAUCAAAUUGGGUUAUGUGCAUCCCAUUCAUUCUUAGUGGAAGUCCAAACAAAGGCUGGCUACAUAUGUGUGACGCACGCAUAAUAACCUGGAGAUUAGGAUUGUGGACUCCUCUUGUUGCUGUGCAAUAAGCAAAUGGAAUAUGAGUCUGAACUUGAAUGUGAAAUUUAAUACAUUUAUAAAAGACAAGGAGGCAACAAGAGCCUGUUUUGUUCAGAGCAACUGGAAACAAUGAACCAUUAUGUACGGUAUCUCAUCUAUCUGUAAAUAAUUUUAAUAAUAAUAAUAAUAAUAAUAGAAUAAAUAUUAAUAAUAACCAGUCAUUGUGGUAGCUCUGGGAGUGAUACAAAGGAACCUAAUUCGGCUAACGGAUCACUUGAGAGGUCUAGGGUCAGAACUUUGCAAAUGUUUCUGCUUCUUUGAACAGUCAUAAUCUGGGAAAGGUCUUCAAAGUCUUUCUAAGGUCCAGGCCCCAGUUGUUCAAACGUUGGAUAGCGCUAUCCAACGUUUGAACAACUGGGGCCAGGCUAAAAGUUUUUUUCUUGGAUUAUGAGCAUCUGUAAAAUUACUAAGAGAUAUAAUGACAAUAAUUAUUUGACCAAAAAACUCUUUUGUCUCUUGUCGUAUUUUUUCCACUGGCUGUCCUUUCUUCCCUUGUCUAGUACACUGUGCCCCAGGGGAAUUCCUUGAAAGUAACAUUCUGUGCAAGCCAUGUCCUGUUGGAAGUUACAGCCCUGGUGUUGUGAUGAACAAAACCGUGGAGAAAUGUACCAGGUUAGCUAUGCAAAUGUAUAUUUUUUUGCCUCUUGAUAAUGAAGCAUACAAUAUGGGUGAACUCUCAGGUUCAUGCCACUGAAUGACAGAGAAUCAUUUAUCCAACAGUAAAGUGUCAAGUAAAGAUUAAUAGGAUGUGUGGUAUUAUUAUACAACUAAUCAUAACUAUAUCAAAAUUCUCAAAGCUGAUUGCCGGGCUUCUGAUAUUUCGCACGGUUGCAGAGCCGCGAAAUUCAGGUAAAUCCUGGAAAUCCCGUGAAAUUCACAAAAAUACGAAAAAUGCCGCAAAAUUUGGUAGAAAUCUUAUCAAAUACAUGUCUGUACAACAUAUUUGAAACUCAUUUCAGCUAUUGGCACUAUUUGCUUGCCAUGAACUUGCAAAUUUAUCUUGGAACUUCGUCAAAAAAUGUGAAAACAACGUCCCAAGUAGUAGGUGUAGCUUAUGUUGGGAAAAACUGGGCACUAGCCCUGAUGUUAAAGGUUUGCCAUGGGUUCAUUUCUGGAGCGUAUUGUUGUUGAAAGAGCAAAUGAUGACCUCUGUUAGAAAAACAAUAAAAACUCUGGUCUGAUCAGCGCAAAUCAGACUCCCGCUACAUAGAUAUCCAAUUUUGUCAAUCACUCAUAUGAUUACAGACCAAAUUGGACUCCACUCUGUCCUAUUACCAUUAUUAAGUGGUGCAAUUAUAGCUGCAAAAUAUCAUGGAGAAAUAGUUGGUAUACUGUAGCUACUACUUAUAAGUCCCCCUAGUAAAAGGCUAAUCUAGCUGUAAACAAAAGAUUAUAUCUGAUAAUAAGCCUCCCCCCAUCCUGGAUAUAAGCCCCUUGGGUAUAAGCCCCCCUUAACUUGUAUUGAUAUGAAGUCGAUUUAUUAUGACACUUUGAAGCCCCAUUGAAAACCAGUAAAUACAAAACAAAUUUUGAUCAACUGUGCUAUAGCUUCCGUCAAAGUGCUUUUUCUAGUCUGGUUAUAAGCAGGGCUGUCAUUAAGAACCUGGGGUCGGGGAAUUCCCCUGGCUAUUAUGAAUGUGGUCCCCGGCUACUUUCAUAAGAAAAAGAAGAAAAAUAGAUCCAAAAGGAAUCCCUAGCUGUUUGAUUCCCCGCCUACUUGUUGUAUACCCUGUAUAAGGCUCCUUGGAUGCAAACCCCUUGGUUUAAAAGCCCUCUUGAAAUCCCUACUGAGAUGUAUAAGGGGCAGUUUACAGGCGUAGUUAUUGUUAUGUAUUUUGUUUCGUUUUGUCUUAUUCAUAGCUGUCCGGCUGGUACUUAUGGUUCAAAAGAGAGGGCUAAAACAUGUACGUUGUGUGGGAAGGAUACAUUCUCUUCAAAGGAAGGGUGAGUUUUCAUCACAUCGGUAAUAGAGUGAUUCCCUUACAGGUUACAGAAACCCAGGCUUUAAUAGAUCAACUCUUGAGUUACAACAGAAGCGGAGUUAUUAUGCUUCUGGUUACAAAUGUGCAAAUGAAACAGCAAUUGAAGGUUCAGAAAAAGUGUUAAUACAAAUGGAGUAAAGUGGCACAAUGGGCACCCCAUUAGUGCCAAUAAAAAUUAAAUAAAUAAGUAAUUAUUUUGAUAACAGUAAUUAAAAUUCGUUUAUUUACCCUCAGCAGUAUUUAUAGCACUAAUACUAGUGGGGCCUAGCAAAUCCCUGAAACAAAUAAAUUAAAUCAAACAUAAACAAGUUAAGAAUCCAGCUGGCCUGAGGCAAACCAGUUGGCUAUUUACAAGCAUGGUCAAGGAUUUGAACUCGGGACUUAACCGAGAAAAAAAAAACUAGCUAGCAGUCAGGGCGGGACUUGAACUCGGAGCCUUUCAAAUUACAAGUCCUGCGCUCUAACUGCUUGGCCACACUGCCUCCACACAAAACGUGUUACAAUUAGUGUAGCCGUAGAUGUAGAUGUCAAAGGUGUAGUGAUUACUUCAGUUUGACUGUACAUCGUGAUCCUUGGCUUUUAACUGGCCCUUACUGACAGGCCAAGGCGUUUGUGGCUGUUACCAUUGUAGAAAGAUGGCCAUUACAGAGAGAUUAAGACCAUGGGGGUGGAAUGGGGGGUUGGGGGGAGGCGGCACUCAACUUCCCAGUUUAAGGGCCUGUUUACAUGGAGGUGGGGGACCCCAGGUAGCCGAGGUAACCCGCCUGUCCAUAUAAUAUAAUCUCUCACUUUAAUGUGAUCGCAUUUACAUGAUAGGUGGGGUGACCCGCCACACGUUACCCCACCUAUCUGGUGUCCCCCACCUCCAUGUAAACUGGCCCUAAGACGAUAUGCCUCUUUUGAUGACCUUGUUGAUUCAUUUCAUUUUGCGUAGAGAAUUAAAGAACAGUUGAAAUUGCAACCAUGGAACAAGAUGUGGGGGAAAAUAUUAUUGUUACCAUAAAUGUGUUUAACAGUUGUAACUGUUUUGUGCCCGUUUCAGGUCAACUUUUUGUAGCAAAUGUAAAAAUGAUUGCUUCACGUCUGGACGAGGUCAAGCAUCGUGCUCCAAAUGUGAGUAAGACUCGCUUGUUCAUAGUGGAGCAAUUUUAUUUCCCAGUUCAAAUAAACUUCUUUUAAAAAGUUUGUCAUUGGGGGCAAUGGCAUUGUAUUCCGUUUGUACGCUCUCUGGACUUCAGGGGCCGGGGGCCCGUCUCUCGAAAGGCCCGGUAACUUUUCGGGUCCGAAGGCAAAUUUUAAAAUCAAAACCUAGCUAAACCUGUUGAAUAUUAGCACGGUUCCAAGCUCACAAACUGAAUGUCUCCUUGUCUUUACUGGCCGGUUAAAGUGGCAAUUUGUCGAGUUUUGCACUCUGGAUAGUACCUACGAGUUCAAAACUCGACAAUAUGCUACUUUAACCGGCCAGGAAAGACAAGGAGACGUUCAGUUAAAGGUAUGUUAGCUUUGCUUUGUUAUAUUUUGACUUCUAGACUGUUUUAGUUCACGGGAGAUUCGACGACUCAUCCCAUUUUGUCCAUGUUAUUGACACAAACUACGUCUGGGCCGCCUGUAUGAAACAGGCCACAGAUCUGAAAAUCUGAUUGUGAGCUCCCUCACUUAAAAGUGAUUAUUUGAACUCACUUACUUUGUGAAAUGUAGACGAACUCUCUUGGAUUUGAAUUCCUCAGAAGAAUAUCCAACUUGAGAAAGAAAAACAAAAUUUCGUCGUCCCUUGUUUACGUCCUCUAUUAAACGUGAAAAUAGGUAUUUGCGCGUCGUGUCGAGCAGUGAUGGCAAAGAAGUGUGCAAAAAAGCGUGAUGCACGUGCAAAGUGUUGUCAGCUUUGCACGUGCAUCACGCGCAUCCGUCACUGCACGACUACUACGUGUAAAUACCGAUUUUCAGUGUUUAGGUCGCUGUCGUCGGGUCUUAAGGUUGUUUCCUCUACUUGAAGAUGGGGACAAUCACAUGAGCCUCGAGUAAAGAGGUGUCGUGGUAGGAGUCAAACUUGCGACGGCGUUGGACCGACAGAACGUCACCUUCUCAACUGCGCCACCAAUCGUUUCGAUACAAAAGGCUUUAUUAUUCAUUCAAAAUGUUAUUUUGCUCGGUUCCUGAUUGGCUUAAAUCCUCUCGCUGAUGUUUUAUAACGAGCUAGCGCUGUCUACAAGAACCCGUUUACAGGGUACCGGACAAAUUUUUAAACCGGCGAAUUUUCUUCGUCUGCAACCCGUUUACACAGAACCGUGCAAAAUCUGUUACAGAUUGCAGUACAUGUAGAGCGAUUUUCGUAUGACCUUGAAAAAUGGUUUCGGUAAGCGUUCGAAACAAUAAAAACUCUGGUCUGAUCAGCGCAAAUCAGACUCCCGCUACAUAGAUAUCCAAUUUUGUCAAUCACUCAUAUGAUUACAGACCAAAUUGGACUCCACUCUGUCCUAUUACCAUUAUUAAGUGGUGAGAUUAUAGCUGCAAAAUAUCAUGGAGAAAUAGUUGGUAUACUGUAGCUACUACUUAUAAGUCCCCCCUAAUCUAGCUGUAAACAAAAGAUUAUAUCUGAUAAUAAGCCCCCCAUCCUGGAUAUAAGCCCCUUGGGUAUAAGCCCCCCUUAACUUGUAUUGAUGUGAAGUUGAUUUAUUAUGACACUUUGAAGCCCCAUUGAAAACCAGUAAAUACAAAACAAAUUUUGAUCAACUGUGCUAUAGCUUCUGUCAAAGUGCUUUUUCUAGUCUGGUUAUAAGCAGGGCUGUCAUUAAGAGCCUGGGGUCGGGGAAUUCCCCUGGCUACUAUGAAUGUGGUCCCCGGCUACUGUCAUAUAAGAAAAAGAAGAAAAAUAGAUCCAAAAGGAAUCCCUAGCUGUUUGAUUCCCCGCCUACUUGUUGUAUUUACCUCCCAGUAACUUGAAAUCUUAGUGACAACCCUGUAUAAGGCUCCUCAGAUGUAAAUCCCUUGGUUUAAAAGCCCUCUUGAAAUCCCUACUGAGAUGUAUAAGGGGCAGUUUACAGGUGUAGUUAUUGUUAUGUAUUUUGUUUCUUUUUGUCUUAUUCAUAGCUGUCCGGCUGGUACUUAUGGUUCAAAAGAGAGGGCUAAAACAUGUACGUUGUGUGGAAAGGAUACAUUCUCUUCAAAGGAAGGGUGAGUUUUCAUCACACCGGUAAUAGAGUGAUUCCCUUACAGGGAGCACAAACCCAGGCUUUAAUAGAUCAACUCUUGAGUUACAACAGAAGCGGAGUUAUAUGCUUCUGGUUACAAAUGUGCCAAUGAAGCAGCAAUUGAGGGGUUCAGAAAAAGUGUUAAUACAAAGGGAGUAAAGUGGCACAAUGGGCAACCCAUCAGUGCCAAUAAAAAUUAAAUAAAUAAGUAAUUAUUUUGAUAACAAUAAUAAAAAUUCGUUUAUUUACCCUCAGCAGUAUUUAUAGCACUAAUACUAGUGGGGCCUAGCAAAUCCCUGAAACAAAUAAAUUAAAUAAAACAUAAACGGGUUAAGAAUCCAGCUGGCCUGAGGCGAACCAGUUGGCUAUUUACAAGCGGUUGGGGGGAGGUGGCACUCAACUUCCCAGUUUAAGGGCCUGUUUACAUGGAGGUCCCGCCUGUCCAUAUAAUCUCUCACUUUAAUGUGAUCGCCUUUACAUGAUACGUGGGGUGACCCGCCACACGUUACCCCACCUAUCUGGUGUCCCCCACCUCCAUGUAAACAGGCCCUAAGACAAUAUGCCUCUUUUGAUGACCUUGUUGAUUCAUUUCAUUUUUCGUAGAGAAUUAAAGAACAGUUGAAAUUGCAACCAUGGAGCAAGAUUUUGGGAAAAUAUUAUUGUUACCAUAAAUGUGUUUAACAGUUGUAACUGUUUUGUGCUCGUUUCAGGUCAACUUUUUGUGGCAAAUGUAAAAAUGAUUGCUUCACGUCUGGACAAGGUCAAGCAUCGUGCUCCAAAUGUGAGUAAGACUCGCUUGUUCAAAGUGGAGCAAUUUUAUUUCCCAGUUCGAAUAAACUUCUUUUUGUCAUUGGGGGCAAUGGCAUUGUAUUCGGUUUGUGCGCUCUCUUGACUUCAGUGGCCUGGGGCCCGUCUCUCGAAAGGCCCGGUAACUUUUCGGGUCCGAAGGCAAAUUUUAAAAUCAAAACCUAGGUAAACCUGUUGAAUAUUAGCACGGUUCCAAGCUCACAAACAGAAUGUCUCCUUGUCUUUCCUGGCCGGUUAAAGUGGGAUUUUGUCGAGUUUUGCACUCUGGAUAGUACCCACGAGUUCAAAACUCGACAAUAUGCUACUUUAACCGACCAGGAAAGACAAGGAGACGUUCAGUUAAAGGUAUGUUAGCUUUGCUUUGUUAUAUUUUGACUUCUAGACUGUUUUAGUUCAUGGGAGAUUCGACGACUCAUCCCAUUUUGUCCAUGUCAUUGACACACACUACGUCUGGGCCGCCUGUGGAGAAACAGGCCAUAGAUCUGAAAAUCUGAUUGUGAGCUCCCUCACUUAAAAGUUAAUAUUUCUACUCGCUUACUUUGUGAAAUGUAGACGAACUCUCUUGGAGUUGAAUUCCUCAGAAGAAUAGCCAAAUUGAGAAAGAGGAAGAAAAUUUCGUCGUCCCUGGUUUACGUCCUCUAUUAAACGUGAAAAUAGGUAUUUGCGCGUCGUGUCGAGUUGUGAUGGCAAAGAAGUGUGCAAAAAAGCGUGAUGCACGUGCAUCACGGUUUUUUCCAUUCUUUGCCGUCACUGCACGACUACGACGUGCAAAAUAAUACCGAUUUUCAGUGUUUUCGUCGCUGUCGUCGGAUCUUAAGGUUGUUUCCUCUACUGAAGAUGGCGACAAUCACAUGAGCCUCGAGUAAAAAAGUGUCGUGGUAGGAGUCAAACUUGCGACGGCGUUGGACCGAGAGAACGUCACCUACUCAACUGCGCUACCAAUCGUUUCGAUACAAAAGACUAUUAUUCAUUCAAAAUGUUAUUUUACUCGGUUCCUGAUUGGCUUAAAUCCUCUCGCUGAUGUUUUUCGCUGACUACAGGGUACCGGACAAAUUUUUAAACCGGCGAAUUUUUUUCGUGUGCAACCCGUUUACACAAAAUCGUGCAAAUUCUGUUACAGAUUACAGUAGAGCGAUUUUCGUAUGACCUUGAAAAAUGGUUUCGGUAAGUGUUCGUUAUUCGUUUUCUCAGCCAAUGGAUGAAAAGAUCAAAACAUGGCAUCUUCGUUUUCCCGCCAAAAAAAAAACUAAUAUGGAGAAGCAUUGUUCAAUUGGCCGUUCGUGUUGCAGUAUGACGUCAAAGCGAAGUAUCGGUUGAUUUCUAAAAAAGUUCGGGCAUAAAGUUUUUUCAGACGAGCGUUCGCUCAACUAACCAAAAGCCAAGUGCGUUUGUAUCCGUUCGAUAAACCAAUCAAAUCGCUCUAUUUCCGUUCGUUUGUUGUUUCUGUUUUGUUCGCGCCUUUUCAUUUCACGGUCAUACGAAAAUCGCUCUAUUGUUUGCCGUUCAAAACUUGCACGGUUCCGCGGUUCCCGUGUCAACGAUGCGCGGAUGCGUGCAAGUGUUUGUCCGUUAAAAAUUUUUUCCGUCAUCUUGAAAGGGGUCUACACUUGGCGGGUUUUUUUCAUUAGUUCAAUGAUUUUUGCAGCUUCUUCUUUGCAGCUUUAGGUUUUGUAUUGUGUAGAAUGUUUUUUGUUGUUAGACGAUUGACGUCAUUGUCCAUUUUCGGAGCCUCCUCCUCUACAUAAUGAGCGCUUACCAUUUGCACGGAAAUUUCGGUGGAGAAUUUCCGUCAAAUGGUUCCGGUAUUUUUUGGCACCUAAAACAGGAACGGGUUUGGGUUGCCGCCAUAUUGCAAAAUAUCGGCUAAGUUUUCGCUUUUUCUUGACAUGAAGCCUGGCACUAGUAAUCCAAACAAAUGGUACAGAAAAUUUCGGUCGUUUCGGUGAAGUUGGAAAAAGGUAACACCUCGAAAGGUAUUACUUUUUUACGGAAAAUUCCCUCCGGGAUGAACCGUUCCAUUUGAAUUCUCCCCAGAAUUUCCGGGUUUUCCAUACAAAUGGUAAGCGCUCAAUGCAUGCUAUCGUUCUUAGCGUCAUUCAGUUAUUGUUUUCCUUACACCCUAGCCCUAAUCCCAAACCAUGUUUCCAAGGUUCUUUGGAUUUUUAUUUUAAAAUAUCAGUUUGGGGGCCCCGAUAGUUCUCUAUUACUGUUUCUUUCUAAGAAAACCAAAUUGAUGUCUUGGAAGGCACAUUUACAUCCGGCGAUUUCUCGUUGCAGUUCAGCCUACAGUCAAUAACAAGAGAGAAGUUUUGGAAUUGGCAAUAAAUUUCUCAGAAAUAUGCUUAGUAUCGGUCUUUGAUUUUAUUUUUCAGUGACCGUUGGAUUUAUCACCCUCAUAGUGUUGGUGGGCCUGUUAAUUACUGUUCCUCUCGUAAUACUGCUGCUUCGUAGGCCACAGGCUAACCCGGAAUUCAACAAUUAUUCUAUUUGCUUUCAACGGGAGGAUCGCUCGCGACUGUUGGGAAAACGAAACAAGAGGAACUUUUCUAUACAGGAAGGAGACGAGGACAGUGUGUCGGGAUUGUUAACUUGAGUGUACUCCCAGAAUGAGCCACUGAGUCCUCAAGGUGUAUCGUAGGAAACAAUGACAUGAGAAUUAUGUGCAUGUGUUUGCGUGUGUAAACUACGUUAGAAUUAUAGAGAUACACUUCCUCAGGCACAAAAUACCUCCGAGAAUGAACAAGAAAAUAGAAAGGUCUUAGUUUCAAAGUUGAAGGAUUUUGAGCGACUUUUUUUGGAAAUAACCUAAUAGGGAUUGAAAACGAAAUCGAACGUUUCAAAUCACUUUCUUACUUAUCUUUAAGCAAAGACACUGUUUAAUGGUUUAGUUGAAUAUUCCUUAAAGGAAUCCGAUAUGAAAGAGACGGGGAUGCUCUGUCAAAAAAUUUAGUUUAUUCUCUCUUAUUUGUACUCCUAAAGUCUUGGCCCAGACAUGAUCACCCCUCCCCCUUCCCCUUCCAUUACCACCACCACCACCACCACUACCACUACCAAGUGGGAGCUAUUAUGAUUAUGAUUGCAUGCACUUAAGAUGUUGACACGUCGUUGUCUCCACCAAGCGAUA